AUGCUGAACAGCACAUUGGCUCUAAUAUCAAGUGUCGGUGUAGACAAGAGCGUCUUCAGGUUCACGGUGACGUCUAGCGAUCCAUCAGAGCUCGCCAAUAUUUUACCCUAUUACGAGCCCGCUCAUAACGAUCCCCACGACCGCCGCGACGCGCACGAACCUUACGUUACAUCUUUACAGCUACGCCAGCAAGCUGCUCAGGACUACUACCGGACCCAACACAAUCAUUCCAGAGCAUCGAGUUCAACCGAAAGCGCGGCACACAGCCUCCGUCGCACACCAAACUUUGAGCGCUCGAGGUCUGUCGACCCAUCCCAACAGCAACAACGCGUUGUGCGGUUCAGCGACAAUUCACCUCGCCCUCGCGCAAGCUCCCAGCCGCGGGACCCUGAUCUCUUCGCGCCUCAUCCUGCCCUCCGCAUCUCUCGGCGCACCGCGUCUGCUAUUCGCUUUGUCCUCGAAGAAGGUAUCCGCGUUCCAAACCCCUUCACACCCGACCUGGUGGAAGAGAACGCGCCCAUGUCAGAUCUGACAAGUGGCCGCGCUGCUAAUGGCGGUGCGCGCACGACGGGAGGCCCUGUACCCGUAACCCAGGCAGACCGCUCCAACAUUCGUACGCCGCAGAUGAUCAUGAAUGCCCGACGGCAGCGAGCUGAAGCAGAAGAGCAAAGAAAGGCCGACGAAGAGCGCCGGAGAGUGAGCGCCGAAAGGAGAGCACAAGCUGUUGCUGGCGUAGCUGGUGCACCCAUCACGACUGAGUCUGGAGCUCAGAGACAACCCCAAUCGGGUCCUCUGAGAUCUGGUGAUCAAUACGUGCCAUACCCAUCCUCAACUGGAGGCGUACCUCGUCAGCCAGAACGCGGAGCGCCAGUAUCAAAUCCACAUGGCAAUAUUAUUCCUGCUACUGAAGAGUAUGAGCCUACUAUUGGCGCUUCACAAGGAAGACCCAGAGCGAGGUCGCAAGCGCAGCAGCAGCCGCGACCCGCUCCUGCAAAUCUAGCAGCUCCAUCAUCUGUAGAACAACCGAGAAGACCGCCUGGCGCAACCCACGCAAGGCGACCCUCUGCUACUGCGGGUUCGUCACAAGCAGGGCCUUCCACAACUGCACCACCACGCCCGCCACCACCUCCAGGGUCAACAGCCACACAACCGCGAGAAUCUACAGCUUCAAAUUUCCCUCAUGCAUUCGAACGCUGGGAGAUGCUCUCUUCGCAUUGGGAGGGCCUUACUUCAUACUGGAUACGUCUGCUCGAACAGAACACGGAUGAAGCCCGCCGUGACCCUCUGGUCCAGCAAAUGUCGCGCCAGAUUACCGAUCUUUCCGCCGCUGGUGCAAACCUCUUUCACGCUGUUGUGGAGCUGCAACGCCUACGUGCGUCUUCGGAGAGAAAGUUCCAGAGGUGGUUCUACGAGCAUCGUCAAGAGCAAGAACGUGCACAAGAGCGAGAAGCCCAACUGAAUAUCGCAAUCCAGGCUGAGCGUGAAGCGCGUGCUGAAGCAGAAGCGAACAUGGAGCGCAUGGCCACUGAGAAGAAGAAUGCCGAACGGGCUGUGACCGAAAUGAAGCGUGAACUUCAGAUUUCAAAAGAGGAGGCCCGGCGAGCCUGGGAAGAGCUAGGGAGGCGAGAGCAGGAAGAGCGCGACAGAACCUUUUCUCUCAGGGAGGGUCAGCCAACCCUAGUUGGCGGUGUGCAAGUGGUUCCUAUGGCACAAAACAUGGGAGGACAAGGCAGGGCACGGGGAGAAGAUGCAUACGCUGGUGCACAAAGCAGCGAAUCGGGCAUCGAGCAACACUACUCGUACGAAGAAGGUCAAUCACCAACAGACACAGACCCUUUCACUGAGAGCGCACGUCAUCCUCGUGUGGAGCCUGAGCAACCGUCGCGUGUUGCCCAAGGCACGUACGUACCAUCAGGUGCUGCACCUGCUGCAUCAUCUCGACCCAGUGGUGCUACUUCAGCUGCCGACCAAGCCCAAGUUCCUGCUCCUUUGCAAUAUCCAUACCGCACGACACACGCACAGCAAGCCCCCGUUCAGCCGACUUCUUCACAACCAGAAGCUUUCUAUCAGCAGCCCGGCUCCUAUCUACACCAGGAGCAGCAAGGUGCGGGCAUCCCAGAGGACGAACAAUCGUAUGUGUCGACCCACGGGGAAGAAACAUCAGAGGGCGACGAAGAGUACGCUAUUGACGAGCGAGGCCACUUUCUCCUCGACGACUCAGGCCGCCGUAUUCCAUUUCGAUCACUCCAAUCGCCCGUUUCAGACGAGUACGACGUGCAGGAAGAUCGCCGUCGUGAGCUAGAGCACCUACAGCACUACGGUACGGGCGCCACCGCCCCGCAGAGUAGCUACGCUACGAGCUCAAGCGCGGAGCCUGCUCACGGUCAGGGCUAUGCCACAGCGGGUGGCAGUGGUAGUGGUGAUGGCGGUGGUGGUCGUCCGGACUAUAGUGGAGACGGCUAUGGGGACGAGUGGGUGGGCAUGAGACAUCACCAUCCUACGAGACUGAGCGAUGUUCCGGAAGAAGAUGAGAGGAGUCGGACGUCGCCUAGUCGAGCGAGCCAGGCUAGCCGGGGGCGGCUGUUCUAG